AUGCUGAAGGAAGCCGCGCCGUCUGUUUCGGAGGAGGUCAAGGAGGCCUUGAGGUUGAUCGAGGACUUGAAGUUUUUUUUGGUCACUGCUCCCGCCAAUUGGCAGGAGAACCAAGUGAUCAGACGUUACUACUUGGAUAACGAUGAGGGCUUCGUGUCUUGCGUUUUCUGGAAUAAUCUUUACUUUAUCACAGGCACAGACAUUGUUCGUUGUAUAUUGUACAAGUUCGAAAAAUUUGGAAGAACCAUCAUUGACCGCAAAAAGUUCGAGGAAGGUAUCUUCUCAGACUUGCGUAACCUCAAGACUGGAACAGAUGCCGUGCUUGAGGGUCCAAAAUCUCCCUUCUUGAAUUUUUUGUAUAAGAAUGCAUGUCUUAGAACGCAGAAAAAGCAAAAAGUGUUUUAUUGGUUCAAUGUUCCCCAUGACAAGCUAAUGGCAGAUGCCCUAGAUAGAGAUUUGAAGAGAGAAAGGCUCGGACAGACACCUUCAUCUAAGGCAACCAGAGAGCCCGCUUUAUCAUUUCAGUAUGUUGAAGACAAGAGCCAGUCGUUGUACGAGCAGCUCACUGCUCACCUAAGUCUCUCGAAGUACAAUCAACAAGAGCCAGUCAAGGACGAUUCUUCUGAUUCGCCAGAGUACACAUGUCAUCAGAGAGUACCUGGUUAUGGAGACGAUAAUCAUAUUGAAGCAAAUGAUGCUAAUGACGAUGAUGACGAUGACGACUUUCCUUUAGACUUCAUAGAGCAAGGCCCAAGAGGACCCCGGGACUACAUCUCUUUGAACGGACCCCACCACUCGGGCUCAUAUAUCAAUGGCCUUGACAGCGACUUUGACAGCAUUGAUGCUUCAUUUGUAACGCAAACACCUGAAACAUUUAACAUUGCAUCUACGGAGGAUUAUCUUAUUGAACAGACCCAGCCAUCUAAACAGCCGUUUUCUGUAUCACAAUCAAUGUUCCCCCGUUCAGUUCAUGGUGACGAGGGCCAGGUAACAAUUGGGCAUCCUCAAAUUCAACCCCAGUACCCGACAAAUAUACCUUCGGGAACCAGAGGUCAAUUUCCUCCGAUGGCUACAUUUCUGCUGCAGCCACUGAAUUUGAUAGCACCAUAUUACGAGCCAGGAUACGGUUAUGUUCACGAUCUGCAAAUGCUUCAAUCAUAUUAUCCGGAGGAUAUGUGGUUCGCAGGUCCUCCUACUGGUUAUCCUGCUGUAGCGCCAGUGUUCGACGAUUACAGCCCGUAUCGUGCCGCAUUUUACGAGCCUGAUUAUCUGAUAUAUGAUGCUCGACCUUCUCUACGACAAAGAGAGAUAAGCCAUAAUAUGAUGCGCAAGCGUCAACAGCUACAGCCGUCAAAAGGUACCAAGAUGCGUCGUGUUGGCUCUCAAAAAGGUUCAAUCGAUAACGAGGCGAAAGCUCAGACUCGUACAAAUUGUAAUCUGGCUACCCGUAAUAGCUCAGACAAUUUGAUGCCAACUCCUGAGUCCAGCGCAAACGUACAAAAUGACGAUCACGUUCAACUUCAAAAAUCUGACAAGGUAAGAGAAUUUUGA